AUGCGUGAACAUCUGUAUGAUAUAGGGAGGGAACUGGAAACCAAUGCUCUAGCGAGACAUGUCAAAGCUCAUGGAGAUGCACAUAAAUUUGUCUUCAUGGUGAUUGACAGGGUGUUAGGAGGUCUCAGAGGGGGUGACCUAAAAUUAAAAGUUGAAACAAAAGAACUGGAAUGGAUUGCAGCAGAAGAGGAAGCUGCACCCAUCAAGAAAGAGAAGACCAGCUUCACUGUCAAGCUAACUGAAAUCAAAGCAGAAGAUAAAGUAAAACUCAUCAAGGAAGUGAAGAACUUUAUUCCAGGCAUAAACCUGGUCCAGGCUAAGAAGCUGGUGGAAUCCCUGCCACAAGAAAUAAAAGCAAAUGUUUCCAAAGACGAAGCAGAAAAAGUGAAGGCUGCCCUAGAGGCUGCAGGAGGAACUGUUGCCUUGGAGUAGUGGAAUGCCUGCACUGAGUAGUAGUGUGUGAGGGAUUGCAAGACAAGUUGGAAGAUUGAAAUCUGGACUGCAGGUGGCUAGAAAUUCCUCUCCUGACCUGGGAGGACUAAGACUACUGUAUUUCAAGUUGCCUUCAUUUCAUAUGUGACCAAGUCUUUGCUAGCAUGUAUUUACGCUACUGGGGUAUGUGCUUCCACAUUGAAAUAGUAGGCAACAAAGACUAUGACUUAUGGCGUCAUGAGGGGAACCAAGAUAUGCCUGCUUUACUGGACAUACAAUUUUUGCUUUGUCCUUUUGUUUAAAUAAUAGUGUACCUUUUUUCCAGAACAUUUGCCUCUGUAAACUUUUUGUUGUUCUACAGUGUGUUUAUUUUGUCAUUUCUCAUCCAUUCCCAUUCCAGGACACUUAUUUAGCCAUAUUUCAUCCUUUACAGAUGGAACUGGUCAACUACCGGAUGACUUUUGGUACAUCUGGCCCCUUCUUUUUCGACUGGAACAGAAUACAUUGCAUUAAACAUUACACACAGCUUGGUAGAAAACUGUUUAGGUCUUUCACAUUGCUCAGAUUAUCUUGCUAUAUCCUAACCAGCAUCUGAGCCCCUUGCCAUAAGCAAGUUCUCCAUCCUAUGUAAAUUAAAGUUCUCCUGUUUUGACUUUCUGUGAUGCUUUUAACCUGUUUGCAGAUUGUUACACUACUGUCAUGUUGAACAGCCUUAUUAGCUUAGUUUGUGUUGUUAAUUCAGUCUUAUUAGGAUACUGGUAUCUUGCACCAGUUUUGCCUUUUGUGAGAUUUAUGCUGGUCUCUCCUCACUCGCCACCUCCCAUCCUGGUAUUUGUUUAUUUUAUGUCCCUCCUUGAUCGGGUUUUCGUAGAAUCCAUGGACUGUUAAAGUUGCUGCUUGAACUGCCACUAGAGUUCACACAAUAUAUCCAAGGAUGAUGCGUCUGUCAAGUGUUAGAAAUUGUAACAACCAUACACUGCAUUUAGAUUUGUCAAGCCUAGUGUAUCACUAGGCUUUCGAAAUAAUGUCCUGUUCUGAUCUAAUCUGAUCGAAGAGUUUCAUGGUCCUGUUUAACCAAGGUAAUCAAAUACAGUGCUUUCCCUACACUUUAUGCCUUUGCCAACAGUUUUUGACUUGACUUUUGGGUUUGUGUUGCAUUUGUCCUCUCGGGUUGGGUAUGGUUCGGUACAGUUUUCUUAAUUCUUGCUGUAGCCCAAAUGUUUGGAUUCCUAUGAUCUGUCAUGUUAUGCCUCACUUUAUUAAGGACCUGCUUUGUACCCUUGUCUCUGCCUUCUUUUAUCCAUUUUGUGCACCGUUGUGAGUUUUGGACAACUCCAUCCAAUACCAAGCUCAUUGUUCUGCUGCAAUCUCUAAGCAUUAUAUUAUAGUUGAUGACGUUUUAAAUUCAAAGCAUUUCUUUUCCCUAAUUGUAUCACUGUCCUACAGCUUUAUUUAAAUACAACAGUAUUUUUAUAUUUUUUAUACAAACAAGACUUUUCCGAGCCAUCUGUCGACAUUAACGCAACCUUUGCCUCCUGAUUGUCUAGGGAGUGUUAUCUUCCUGGAGUGUCUCUGGCAGCAUAUUUUGAGUCCCAUCGUAUGGGUUGGAAAAAUCAGAAUAAAUCAGUGAAAUCAUUGCUUAA